AUUUCGGAGGUGCGGGAACUCACGUCUCUGCUCGUCUCUCGCCAACCACACGUUUACGUACACUCAUCGUUCUACGCAAAUGUGGACUUGAUUAUUUCUGUUACAUUUAAUUACAUCGAUAAUCGUUUCGAGGGCAGUGGAUACAAAAAAAGUGACCCAGUGAGUGAUCGUAUUUUCUACAAACGGGGCAGAGUGGAUUUUUGUUGAACAUGAAGAUUUCGUGGUUCCUGUUUCUCGUCUAUGCGACGGUCGUCUCGGGAUUCGAUCUUGGACCGAUUAUUAGACUCGCUCAGUGCAGGUCGCAGUGCUUGAGGAAGCAUACGAUCGAUGGGAAUUGCGAUUUGUAUGCGGGACAUCAGGAAACCACUUGCAGCAUGUGCUGGCAGUACUGCGAGGCUCUCGAGAACCGCUGGGAGAAGACCAGGACGAUUUGCGAGGGCGACCAGUAUCUACAUUGCCCGGCGUGUCAGACAGCCUGCAUUUAUCGGAAGACGCGAGUAGAAGAGAAAUACCUGCCGUCUAUGUUGCCAGCACCGAAGAAAGCUCCCAUCGACUUAGAUAAAUUCGACGUAGCAGUGGUGAUGCGGAAGGUCUUUAAACAAUGGAGAGUAUCCGGAUAUUAUACCGGACAUCGUACUCUAAAAUUGAGACCAGACACGUGGAUCGUAGUCGCGAUGGAAGACGGAGUGAAGCAUUACAGCUGGCAAGAAUGGGUGCCAAAGUUGGAAGCUUUAAAAGAAGGCGCUUUGUACGAGGCGACGAUCUCCUGGAGGGACGUCCGAGCUCAGCUUCAGAAGCAGAGGUCCUUGGAACAAGUCAGGUUCAACAAUCAAGUCAGACAAUUCUUCUUAGAGAAAUACGGGGAGAAAGUAUUGGCUGAGUGGCGGAGCCAGAAGGACUCGCAGAUAUCCGACGAGGUGUUCCGACGGUUCUUCUUCCGAAGGAAGGACGAUCGCCCCCAGGACUUGGAAGCUGAUAACACCCCGUCGACGGGCAAUAACGACCGGAUCGAUGACUAUCCGGAAAACAAGGAGUCAUAUGUGGUUUCCUGGGAACCGGAGACGGGAGGUCUUAUGGGAAAUCAAGUGACCGACUCGAAUUCCGCGCAGAUCUCCCUGCUACCUGGGACGAAAUACCUCGUGAGGAUCGCCUCGAACGACGGACCCGGCAGCUUCCCCAUUGAAGUGGACACCAGGCCUGGUUCCGUUCAAGCGAAGAGGAUAGAGGGAAUGCACGAGGUGUAUCCUUGGGAGAUCUUCUACGCCGUCUGCCUUUGCGCUCUCAUACUAACCACCGUCAUCGGUUUCGCGAAGGCCUUCAGAAGAGGUAAAAGCAUCGAGGCUGAAGACGUCUGAGAAGGACGAACGACUCUCGCUGGGAGGGAUAAAAAUGACGAACCGUCGUCGACAUAGACGCGAUCUCAGGGAUACGUUCGCUCCGGCUGGAGGAAGGAUAGUAAUCGUCAUUUUCUAGAUUCCUUUCUAAUCGAUCCUAGCCGCGUCCGACUCGCGUAGUUCGUGACACGUGACAAUCUGUAAUUUGCUAAACGAUGUAAAAUUCUAUAACUAUAGAUAAUUAGUUCUCGGACGUAAGCAGUUGGUUUAAGCACCUAGUAAAAUAGUUUCUAAAUUGUGUACACGAGUUCGCGAGACUUCGUUGACGUGUAUGAACGAGUGUAAUAAGACAGAUGGAAGAAAAACUGUACAGACUCUCGGAUAUUUUUCUACGUAAUAGAGUUAACUAAAUAUUUCCUUGCUCAACGCGCAACGAACAGACUGUACCAGAGUUCCUAUCCACCAAGAAAGAAGGAUUGGCGCCGUUUCUAACGCCAGCAUCUGUAUUUAUUUGUACAUACUAGCUUGUAAAUAAAUGACACUUACGAAUAAA